AUGUCGAAGCCUUUCGAUCCCGAGCAGGCCCAGAACCUGGAUGAUAUGGAGAAGCAGUUCGCCGUGAAGGCGGUCGAACACUUGAUGACGUACUGGUCGAUUCUCGAGAAGGUACCGGGCUCGCAGCUGCGGCUGACGAAAAUCGACGACGAGAUCUACGAACACUUCAAGGCCGAGUUCCCCGACUUCGACCCGGCCGCGACGAUCGACGAGGACCAGAUGAAGAGCAAGGAGGGCAAGGAGAAGUGGCGCAACUGGAUCAACCAGUACGAGAAGAAGAUUGACGAUUUCAACUUUGGCACGAUGCUCCGGGCGAACCCCAAGACCGAGUAUGAGCAGGAUAACACGAUAUUCGCAAUGCGCAUGCAGUUCUACGCUGUGGAAAUCGCCAGAAACCGAGCUGGUCUCAACGAUUGGGUUUACGAGCAGGCCCAGGCGAAGAAAGCGAGCUCAUAA